UUGUUCAACAACUCAAGAAUGGGUGAACAUUAUAACAUUACUAUCUACUUUAUUUAGGAUUCAUACUAGGUGGGUGAACAAAACACUGCUCUAAAAUCUAAAAACUCGCAUUCGUUUUUUGUGAUGUAACACGCAAGCCCACCGUCAUAUUGCCAAAAAACAUCAAGUUCUGGAUUGAUGGGAUGUGAUGUCUGAGAUUUGUUGUCACCGAAAUUUUUAUUUCGUAGUGCCCCUACUGAUGCAUAUUUCUAGCUAUGCAUGCAACUGAGUGCAAGUGCUUAAUUGCUCUAUAAAUAUGACAGUAAUCCCAUGCCUGAUCAGUAGCAGAUUUCCAAUCCAUUCCCAAUUAACUACUGUCCAGAGGAAAUUGCUAGAGACAUCAUGGAAGCUUUCUCACUAGCUAUGGCUUUCCUUGUUAUUCUUUUUGCCAUUAGCUUCGUUGCUUUCAGAAAUGCAUCCAAUGUUGAUACAAAUUUGCCACCAGGUGACUCUGGGUGGCCUGUUGUGGGUGAGACCUUAGAUUUCGUCGUCAACCCCGAGAAGUUCAUAUCCGAUAGGAUGAAGAAACACUCUCCGGACAUUUUCAGGACCAAUUUCUUCGGAGAAAAGAUCGUGAUCAUAUGCGGCCCCAAUGGCCACAAGUUCCUCUUCUCCAACGAGGACAAGCACUUCACUGCGUACGUGCCACAGGCUAUGCAAAAGCUCUUCCUCUCCUCCCAACCCAAAACCGAUAAGCUUUAUCGAGACAGCAAUGUGAAGUUGUUGCGAUCCCCGGGGUUCUUGAAGCCCGAGGCAGUGGUCAAUUACGUCCCAGGUAUGGACUCCAUUAUCCAAAAGCAGCUGAAGACUCACUUGGAAGGUAAAACUGAAGUGAAGAUUCACCCAUUCUCGAGGUCCUUAACCUUGACCCUCGCGUGUCGCUUCUUUCUGGGCAUCGAAAACCCAGAACGCGUCGCGAAACUCGUCGGCCAAUUCGACAUAGUGACCAACGGGAUUCACUCUCUUCCCCUCAACGUCCCCGGGACGGCGUUUUACUACGCGGUCAAAGCUGCCGCGGUGAUUCGCAAGGAGCUCGCGGAUGUGGUGGCGGAGAAGAAAGCUCGAGUACUGGGCUCCGGAGCACCAACUCAGGACCUGUGUACGACGAUGAUUGUUGGAGGGUACAUGCCGGAUGAGGAGAUUAGUGAGAAGUUGAUGGGGUUUCUAGUGGCUGGAUACAGCACCGUUGCUACUACCUUGACUUUUUUCAUGAAAUUGGUUGGAGAGAGACCUGACGUUUAUCAUAAGAUCUUAUCAGAGCAGUUGGAGAUCUCAGAGUCCAAAAAACCUGAAGAAGAACUGCUAAGCUGGAAUGACGUGCAAAAAAUGAAGUAUGCUUGGGCCGUAGUCUGUGAAGCUAUGAGGGUGGUUCCUCCGGUUCUCGGAACUUUCAGAGAGGCCAUAACCGACUUUUCAUAUGCUGGUUACACUGUUCCAAAGGGGUGGAAGGUAUUUUGGACCGUCAACACGACACAAAGAAACCCUGAGUACUUCCAAGAACCGAAUAAAUUUGACCCUUCAAGAUUCAUGAAAAGUGAAGAAAUGCCCCUAUAUACGUAUGUGCCAUUUGGGGGAGGACCUAGAAUGUGCCCUGGGAAAGAAUACGCUCGACUCGCGAUCCUCACUUUCGUCCACUACAUGGUUAAAAAGUUUAAAUGGGAAUUGAUUGAACCUAAUGAGAAGAUCUUAGGCAGCAUGGUGCCAUUGCCGGAGAAAGGACUCCCAGUUCGCCUGCAUCCUCGCUACGUUUAAUCGAUAGAUAGAACUUAUAAUUUACUUCAUCAUUCAGUUUUGGACUUUUUCGAAUCCUACUAAAUAUUAAUGCUCAAAACAUGUAUCGAUCUGUGUUUGUAUCUACAGUAGUACUGUAGUGUAGGCCUAAAGUGCAACAAUUUGAAUAACGUUGGAUAUUGGAGAAAUAAGAAAAUGUUACUCCCUCCGUCCUGUAAA